AUUACUUCCAACUUCUAAAGUGUGAAACAACCCAACCCCUUUUUCUUAUUUCUUCUCUUGUCAAUAUAUCUAUGUCAAUUUUUUUCAAUUCCCUUUUAUAGAUCUUCACAGUUUAAAAACCCUAGAAUUUCCCCCGAAAUUCGGAAAUGGAAUGGGUGGGGAAAUCAGUGACGAAAGAUUUUAAAGGGUUUGGGGUUUUUGAGGGAUUUAUUGAGUCCUAUGAUUCUUCAUCUGGGUUUUUUAAAAUCUUGUAUGAAGAUGGUGAUUCUGAAGAAGCUGAUUUUUCUGAGGUUUCUCGUUUGAUUUCAUGUUCAACUGUUUGUAACUCAAUUGCUGAGAAUCAGAAGAAAAAAGUUGGGAGAAAACCUAAACGUCGUCGUCGGAAUGAUCAAGGUAAAUCGUCUUCUGAUGUUGAUAAUUUAGUGAUUGAUAAUGGGUUAAGUAAUUCUGCAAUGAGUAAUUUUAAUGUUUCUGUUGAUUUGAAUGUAAAUGUAAAUGGAAAUUUGGAUUGUGGUGGGAAUGACGGGUUUGAUCUGAAUCGUGGGUUAAAUUUUGAUGAUGGGGUAGAAAAUGGGGAAAUUAGGGGUUGUAUUGACUUGAAUUUAAGUGUUGAUGAUGGUGGAGCUGAUGAGAAUGAUGCUAGGGUUGCAAAAAUUGAACCUUUAGGGAAAAAAGAACAUGUAUUUGAUUUGAAUUUAGGGUUUAACGAAGAGACUGUAAUCGGAGGGAUUGGGAUUAAUGAUGGAAAUGCUUGUGGAGGGUUAGGAGAACAAUUUGAAAAUGGGGAUUCUAGUAAUGGAGAUUUGAAUAAUAGGGUUUUUGAUGUUAAAUUGGAAGGAGGUGGUUGUGAUGGUGUUGACUCGAAACAAUGUGGGGAUGGUACUUCGGGUCGUAAGAAGAAAAGGAAAUUUGAGAGGAAUUUGUGUUCUCCUACUGAAACUGUGUUGAGAAGAAGUGCACGACGAGCAAAAGCAGCUGCCUUGCAAGAAAAUAAUGUUUCUAGUGCAAUGGAAGUAGAAGAGGAAGCGAACGAUUUGUCCGUGUCAGGAGUUAUCAAUGAACCGGAAGAAAAGGUUGUUCCUAAGGUGCCGGAAAAGUUUGUAGAGCCUAAGGGUCUUCCUGCCAACAUUGAAUUCCCACCUUCUUCAGCUAAUUUAGAUUUGGAGGGAAUUCCUGUACUAGAUCUUUUUUCGAUAUAUUCUUGUCUGAGGUCGUUUAGUACCUUAUUGUACUUGAGUCCUUUUGGAUUGGAGGAUCUUGUCACAGCAUUGAAGAGCAAAGUAUCUAAUCACCUAAUUGAUUGUAUUCAUGUUUCCAUCUUGCAAACAUUGAGAACACACCUUGAAUUGCUGGCAAUUGAAGGUUGCGAAUCUGCAUCCACUUGUUUGAGGAAUUUGAACUGGGAUUUGCUGGAUGUAAUUACAUGGCCUGUUUUUAUGAUUGAAUAUCUUCUGAUUCACGGUUCAGGGCUAAAGCCCGGUUUCACUCUAAAUUGUUUAAAGCUAUUUGAUGGCGAGUAUUACACACAGCCAGCAGAGGUGAAGGUUGAACUACUUCGUUGUCUCUGUGAUGAUGUCAUUGAAGUUGAUGCCAUUAGAUCAGAGCUUAGUAAAAGGACAGUUCUUGCAGAGGCUAGUAUGGAUAGGAGGAGGACCUCUGUUGAAACUCCCGGUGACUCCCUGAGUGAGGAUAUUAUAGAGGUUGUAGAUGAUGGAAACAUUGAUGAGUGUUGCCUUUGUAAGAUGGACGGAAACUUAAUAUGUUGUGAUGGUUGUCCUGCCGCUUAUCAUUCAAAAUGUGUUGGAAUUGUCAGCAGUCUUCUGCCAGAGGGUGACUGGUAUUGUCCAGAAUGUGUGAUUGGAAGACAGAGUUUUAGUAAUAAAGCUCAGAAAUUCUUUCGAGGUGCAGAUUUGCUUGGCAUUGAUCCUGCUGGACGGUUAUUUUUCAGCUGCUUCGACUACCUUGUGGUGUCAGAUUCCUAUGAUGGCAAGGCUUUAUGUAGGUUUUACCACAAAGAUGACUUUGGUGGUGUUAUUCAACUACUGCAAUCAUCUGCCUUUGUAUAUAGGUCAAUCCUACGUAAAAUUUCUGAACAUUGGGCCUUCCCAGCUGACUUGUGUCAACAAAAAAGUGUUUUGAGGUCUGAGAAUGAUGCUGCAAAACCCUGCUUGGAGACACAAAAUCUACUUACAAGCUCUGAAGGAUCAGGUGAAGUCUUACAAGAGAAUGUGUUGAUUCAAAAGUCCCUUAGAUCUGCGUCAAAUGUAGCUACUAGGGGGAUAUCUGGGAGUAGCGUUUCAACUUCCAAAAAGGGGAAGAAAAAGGGUUCGUCAAAGCAGUGCGAAUCUUUAAAGGUUAAAAAAGAAGGCCUAUUAGAUGGGCAACCUGGAGAUGGUUAUAAGAACAGCUAUAGCUUUGCAAGGACAGCUGCUUCUGUUGUUGAACAAUUGUUGAGGAAACCUUCAGGUAAAGCAAAUAUAGAAGUUCCGAAGACUGAGGAGGAGAUAAUAUCAAUUCAGUUGAAAUUUAUUUUGAAAAAGUCGGCAAAGUCUUGUUGGAUAAUUGAAGAUCUAAAUGGGGGGAGGCAGAAAGAAAAAUGUGAAUGGUGCUACUGUUGUAGGUUUCCUGUUGAAGGUAGAGGUUGCUUAUUUAGUGUCAAAAAUACUAGUUCUGUUCCAGCUGCUCUUAAAGUAGAAAUUGAUAGUAUACUGUCAAAAAGGAAUAAGAAGGGGCAUCUUGUAGAUGUCAUUUGCUAUUUGUUAGGUAUGGAAGAGCGCUUGCGAGGAUUUCUCGCUGGUCCAUGGCUUAAACCUCAAUACAGUGAGACUUGGCGUCAACGUGUUCUUAAAGCAUCUGAUGUUUUAUCGCUAAAACUUCCUCUGCUUAUGUUGGAGUCCCAUUUACGUCCUUUGACUCUUUCAGCGGAAUGGUACAAACAUGUAGAUUUGGUCACUACUAUGGGUUCCGCUGCCCACUUUGUGGCCAGUUCACGUGCUACGUCAAAGAAUGGAAUUAACAGAAAAAAGGUUAGAUAUUCAGAAUCCGAGUCUAAAUCAUCAGCUGCUGGUAAGGGACUGACGUUAUAUUGGUGGAGAGGGGGUAAAGCUUCUCGGAGUCUCUUUAACUGGAAAGGUGUACCUCGCUUCUUGGCUUUGAAAGCAGCCCGAAAAGCUGGUGCAAUGAAGAUACCAGACAUACAAUAUCUUGAAGCUUCUGAAAAUGUGAAGCGAACCAGAUUUGUUGCAUGGCGUGCUGCUGUGGAGUCAUCUACAAGCCUCGAGCAACUGGCUUUGCAGUUGAGGGAGUUUGAUCUGUUUAUUCGCUGGGACGAUAUUGAGAAUACUCACUCUCAUUCCCUAUUGGACAAGGAAUCCAUUAAGUCAAUCAGGUUGUUUAAGAAAGUCAUAGUCAGGAGGAAGACUUUAGAAGAAACACUAGCAAGAUAUCUUCUUGAUUUUGGGAAAAGAAGAUGUAUUCCUGAUGUUGUUCAUAAACACGGGCAAAAGCUUGAGGAAUCGGACAGUGAGAGGAAGAAAUAUUGGUUGGAUGAAGUGCAUGUUCCUUUAUAUCUUUUGAGAAGUUUUGAGGAGCGAAGACUUAUGCGGAGGGCUGGUAAAAAAGCUCCCGGUAAAUCCAAGAAGGUUGGAAAAGUGGUGAAGAAGCCUCCAAGGGAGAAAGGUUUUGACUAUCUUUUUUCAAGAGCAGAAAAGAUUGACAGUUAUCAAUGUGGACAUUGUAACAAGAAUGUGGCAAUCGGUGAAGCUGUGAGCUGCCAAUUUUGCAAUGGUUAUUUUCAUAAAAGACAUGUCAUGAAGGCUUCAGAAGGGAUUGCCGCUGGUUGCAAAUAUAUAUGCCAUAAAUGCCGUGCAGGGAAUCAUGUAAAUACGAAAAGAACUUUGCGAAAACGGAAGUUUGAAAAUCUUCAAGAAACAAAAAAUAUGAAGGUUGACAUUGAAGGUAACCCCGCAAGGUCGAGGGGUAGACCAAAGAAAAAGGGAAUACUCUUGGCUAAUCGUAGAAAAGUGCUUUUACGAAAUGCUAAAAAGAUGCAAUGCCAUGAGCAGACCGUAUCGCAGAAAAAAACCAAUAUCUCCACUGGUAUGACUCUGCGCCGUUCGGCUAGGAAAGCAAAGUAUACAAGUCCACAACCUAAUAAGAGUGCUGUAGGCAGGAAAAGAAAAAGGAACAAAUCUAGGACCGUGGCAUCAAAAAAGACUUCAGAUGGCAUCUUGUGGCAGAAGAAAAGAACACCGAUUCUCUAUUCGUUUUGGAUAAACGGCCUUUUUCUGUCUAGGAAGCCAAAUGAUGAACGAGUGGUACAGUUUAAAAGAAGGAAACUCAUUGUGCCAUCUGAAUACGCUUUUGAUAUGGAUGAUCAACCAAAAUGUUCUCUAUGUUCACGGCAAGGUUCUACGUCAGCUUGUGUGUUUAUUGCUUGUGAGAUAUGUGAAGCUUGGUUUCAUGGUGAUGCAUUUGGACUCAACAAAGGAAAUGUUGAAAGUCUUUUAGGGUUUAAAUGCCAUGUAUGCCUUGAGAGGAGCCCUCCUAUUUGUCCUUUUGUUGACAUUUCUAUGGACAACCGUGCUCCAUUUGGUGAACCGACAAGUGAGGCUCAGGAAGCUCAUGAAUUACCUAAAGUUUGUGCAGUUAGAGAGGAUACGGACUGUGUGCCGGAGCUUCAAUCUAACGAUACAGCUCAGAAUUAUGAUAGAAAUCUUCGUCAAAAUGGGACUCCGAUGCUAGAUAGUAAUAUGGGUUUAGAGGAUGGGUCACCUACCAACAAGGACCAUAAUUGCAACGGAGACUCUACAAAUGAGGUUUCGGGUGCUCAGGGAUUACAUCAAGUAGUUGCAAUCAGAAAGGAUACAGAUACAUAUACUGUGCAGGAGCUGCAGUGCAACAAUGGUUCUUCUAGUCUCUUGGAGGUUGAUAUGAAGAAUUGCGAGACAUAUUAUGACAGAGAUGAGACUUCGAUGCUAAAUGUUGAAUUAAUGGAAAACGGGUCAUUGCCUGCUGAGGAGCUGCACUGUGAUAAAGGUUCAACACGCGAGUAUCAGGAUGCCCUGGGAUUACCUGAAGUUGCAUUUAGAAAAGAAGCAGUGUGCGUACAGGAACUGUGUAAGGAAGGAUCCUCUAGUCUCAUGGAGGUUCAUACAGCACAGAAUUUUGAUGAAAAUUUAGACAGAAAUGGGACUCGGGUGCUGAAUUUUGAGCCGAGAGCAGAAAGUUCGGCAUUUACCUGCAAGGAUCCUCAGUGCAAAGAAGGUUCCACUGGUGAGGCUCAAGUUGCUCAAGAAUCACCUGAAGUUGAUUGUUUGCGUGCACUUCAGUCGAAUGAAGUUACCUCUAAUCUCUUAGAGGUCCAUACAACACACAAGUGUGACGGAAAUCUUGACCAGAAUGAGACAUCGAUAGUAGAAAAUGCUUCAUCGACCAGCAAAGAGCCUCCAUGUAACAAAGGCCUAUGUCUUUCGGAGGAUCAUACAGGUGAAGAUUGUGAUGGAAGUUUUGACCAAGAUAAAACUAAAAUGCUAGAAAACGGGUCUCCUACCAGAAAGUCGCUUUUAUCCCCUUCAAUUGAAGUUCAAGUUACGAAUAUAGAACCCAAAUUACAGGAGUCGGUCGUGAAUGGUAACAUCGAAGGAAAAAAUCUUGACCAGAAUGAGACUCCAAUGGUAGAAAAUGUGUCGUCGACCAGCAAAGAGCCUUCGUGUAACAAAGGUCUAUUUCUUUCUGAGGAUCAUACAGGUGAAGAUUGGGAUGGAAGUUUUGAUCAGGGUGAAAUGCUAGAAAACGGGUCUCCUGCGAGCAAAACUCCUUUAUCCGGUUCGUGUGAAAUUCAAGCUACAGAUCUGGAGCCCGAAUUACAGGAGUCCGUUGUUAGCAUUGAAGGAAACCAGGUAGACCAGCUAACACCAUCUACAAACCAAUAGUUCCGCACAUCAAUUCUGGAUGGGAUGUAUCAGUUUCACAUGAUUUGCUAAUUUUUCGCAGAUGACAAAUCGAAAAAGUCGAAUUAUUGCCUGUUUUGGGCUAUUUUUGGUUGUUUUAAGCGAAUCUUAAAUUUAAAAGGCGAAUAAAUUGUCGAAUAAUGUUACACUGGUAUGGACCUAAAGAAUUCUGUAGUAGCGAAAGGGUAGACGAUUCUUGAUUCUUAUGGUAGAUAAAUUCUUGUAUUUUCGUUUCGAUUGUGGCCUCUUAAUACAUGAAAGAAGGCUACAGUUUUCUUAUCAACAACACUAAUAUAUGUAGUGAUGGUGACUAUGAAUACCUUAUACCUAA